AGACAGCAGAGGACAACGAGGAGAAGUUGGAAGCCAUGCAGUGAACAUGGAAUCAUAGAUACAUGGCGGUCGUUUGUGAAGGAGCCGAGACGUCACCGUCACACGGUUCAAGGCUUGAACCUGACUGCGACCACGAUGAUUGUGAAUCAACCACCGCCCUACAAACCAACUCCCGACGAAGCUGAGGCCGGACCCUCUUCAAUACCACCUUUCCAAGACACUCCAACUGGAACUCUCGUUGACUUAACCGACUCAGAAACUAUCAGCAUCCCAGGCGGAGAGGAACCUCCACCGGAUUUUACCCCAUACGAAGCAGAAUGUUUUCAAAGCGGAGGCAACACAAUCUCGCAUGACGCCCAUCUCAACUCGGAUGGUGAAGCACUGUACCGAUUCUUGUUAUCACAAUCUAUGACACCGCCUGUCUUCCAGUUGCACUGCAAAGGCGACCACACCGAAACGAGCUACCGUCAAGUGAACUAUCGCCACUCUGAUGGUCGAGUACACACUAGAUCGGAGAGCUACACGGAAACUGUACUGGACUUUGACUUCACCAUUGACGCUAGCCAGCUGGUCGGACCAAUUCAUUGGUCUGUCGACGAUGCCGACCCCACAUAUCGUGGGGCCAUGGUUCGUGAAAUUGACUCCCCAGAAGGCAAGCGGAAGGCCAAACGAUCCGAAAACAAGCAAUUCAAAGCAUGGGUGGAAGACCGCACCGCUCGUGGACUACCCCCAUGGGUUUCAAGCGGUGCUGCUUAUGCUCAGGGCAUGGCACCAAACGCACCUGUUCUCAAGUCUUCCAAGACAUUGCGUCAGUGGGCAGACAUUUACUGUGCCAGCCCCAAGUAUUUGAAAGAAUUUACUUAUGAAAAAGUGGUCUAUGGCUGGAAUAUCCGACAACUAGAGCAUGCAAUCCACGCUAUGAUUGUCGCCUCUCCUUACAGCGGCAAUGUCACGGUUGAGUUUACCACCACCUCCAACAAAAUAUAUAUUCGGCCUGAUAAUCGACUGAGCCGCCUCCUGUCCAACAAGUGGUUCAAAUUCCUAACCAUCAUCCUAAUCUUGCCUUUUUUGGUUAUCUGGCUCUUCAAGAGAUUCCAUACGCGCGGUGGGGGUACUUGGGCUGUCUGUGGAGGUGCAUAUGCUCUCAAGACCUGGGUGACGGAGCAGGAACCCCAAGAUAUUUCGAUUUCUAAGAGCGGGCGUUCAUCUGCCAGUGCUGAUGACCAAGGUCUAACGCCUACUUCUAGUCGCUUGGUUGGAACCAAGGAAGGAGAGUGGUUCAGGCGCUGGCAAGGGACUAUAGCCAGGGCAGUGGUCAAUCGUUUCCAGUCAUCCCAACCACUUUAUUCGACAAUGGAGGAUGGCUCGUCGCUUCAAGCACGCCUUUUGGAUGGCUAUUAG